GCCCGCAGCCUCCUCUCUGCAGUUGCACGCUGCACUACAGUUGGUAGCUGUUGGCCGCAGGCUGCGGAUGAGGACAGAAGUCCGCGCGAGCACAAUUCUGCCCAGAAAACCGAUCAACAAAAGGACUCUUGAAGUGAAGUUGAUGUUUCAUUUGGGAGCACUCCCCUCAACAUGAGGGUCCGUACCUGACGUUGGAUAUUGAACACAGGCCGCCUGUUGCUACAAGUUCAAUAUCCAUUUUUUCCCCAGAAUCUCGGCGAACAGAACUGAGCGCAAUUACGCACGGCAAGUACCAUGGCACCGAUCCUGGAUAGACGUGCUCCCGCUUUGCUCUUGGUUUGGAGCUACUGCGUCCUCGCGGACACCGCUUUUACGAACUUUACGUUGGAUAACGAGUUCCACUCCAGUUUCAUCCACCGUCGGCUGAAGAGCCAGGAGCGCAGAGAGAUGCAGCGGGAGAUCCUGUCGAUCCUGGGGCUGCCGCACCGGCCGCGACCCCACCUCCACGGAAAGCACAACGCUGCCCCGAUGUUUAUGUUGGACUUGUACAACGCCAUGUCCACAGAGGGGGACGAGGACAGAUACUCCUAUCCCUACAAGCCCGUCUUCACCACCCAGGGGCCCCCGAUAGCCAGCAUGCAAGACAACAACUUCUUGAACGACGCAGACAUGGUCAUGAGCUUUGUCAAUUUGGUGGAGCACGAUAAGGAAUUCCUGCCAGUGCGGCGACAUCACAGAGAGUUCAGAUUCGACCUAUCACGGAUCCCGGAGGGCGAGGCGGUCACUGCUGCUGAGUUUCGUAUAUAUAAAGACUUCAUCCACGAACGUUUUGACAAUGAGACCUUCCGCAUCAGCAUCUACCAGGUGUUGGAGGAACACACUGAUAGAGAGUCAGACCUGUUUCUACUGGACUCUCGGGUGAUCUGGGCAGCAGAGGAGGGCUGGUUGGUGUUUGACGUGACGGCCACCAGUAACCACUGGGUCCUGAACCCUGGCAGGAACCUGGGUCUACAGCUUGCCCUGGAGAGCACAAAGGGAGAGAGCAUCAAUCCUCGCGUGGCGGGGCUGAUCGGUCGCAGUGGGCCUCAGAAUAAACAGCCCUUCAUGGUGGCCUUCUUCAAAGCCACUGAGGUGCACCUGCGAAGCAUCCGCUCAGCGCAAGGGGGGGCCAAGCAGCGUAACCCCAACCGCUCCAAAGGGACAAAGAACCAAGAAGCACUGAGAGUGGCCAAUGUUGCAGAAAACAGCAGUACUGAUCAGAAGCAGGCCUGCAAGAAGCAUGAGCUCUACGUCAGCUUCAGAGACUUGGGGUGGCAGGACUGGAUCAUCGCUCCAGAAGGCUACGCGGCGUACUACUGCGAGGGAGAGUGUGCCUUCCCGCUAAACUCCUACAUGAACGCCACAAACCACGCCAUUGUGCAAACCCUAGUUCAUUUUAUUAACCCGGAGACGGUUCCUAAGCCCUGCUGUGCGCCCACACAGCUCCACGCCAUCUCGGUGCUCUACUUCGACGACAGCUCCAACGUCAUCCUCAAGAAAUACCGCAACAUGGUGGUCAGAGCUUGUGGCUGCCACUAGACUGUCAGCAUCUUCACAUAGAGACACACACACACACACACACACACACACACACACACAUGAGUAGAGAGGGCUUCCUCUUGCUGUCAGGCACCAUUUGAAACAUUGAGAGUGGAUUACAAAGUGUAGUGCAUGUAUUUUUUAUGGACACUGAGAGUUCAAGACAGUCUGUGUGGGAGAGACUCUCGUUACACGUUUAAGGUUGUCCUGAAGUCGACACGACUUCUCCCCGACGCCAGUGCACACACAAACAAACAAACACGCACACACCCACACACACACACACACACUCACGUUUGUGCUUUCUACUGUGUAUACAAGACAUUAAAAGCAGUGAUUGUACUGUAUAUUCAUUCACAGUCAACAAUCUUUUGUUUAUCUCAAUAAUUGUUAUUGUAGUUGAUUCUUUUACUGUAGA